GAGAGGAGGGGGGUGUGGAGCGUAAACUGAAAUCCAAAAUAUUCACAAACAUCCCUAUGGUUCGUUAAACUGCUCGUUUUAGAAUCGUCCCGUCUGGUCAACAUCAAACGCCCCGCUGCUCGGGAUGUUUGUCCGCAUCGAUGCAUGGCAUGUUGUGUGUAAGCGAAGACUAUUUAGCGCGAGCGCGGAAGGCUCGAGCGACGUGCCGGGACUACUUUCAGUGUGUGUUGGGUGAAUGGAGGCGCAGCUCUUCCUGGUGAACAAACACUGACAACUACAGGGCAGCCCAGCGAUACCCGCUUCCCAGAACGGCCACACACACCUUCUCCUUCACCCCCUAAACAACCCUAAACAUGGCUGCUGAGCGUAAACACGUCGCGCAGUUGAAAUCCGAACUGUACUUCCUAAUAGCCCGAUUUUUAGAAGCUGGACCGUGUCAGGACGCAGCAGAGACCUUGAUACGGGAGGUUCAGCAGAAGGAGCUGUUACCUAAACGGAUUGACUGGACUGGCAAAGAACACCCGGGGAGUUACGAAAAUUUGGUCAAAUUGUACAGGCACAUUUCUCCAGAUCACCUGUUGCAGGUGUGUGAGCGAGUGAGCCCACUUUUAGAGAGAGAAGUGCCAGCCAGCGUACCUGGAGUCAACUCACUUCUGGGAACCGGACGACAGUCAGUGCUGCGUACAAACAAAAGUUGUAAGCACGUGGUAUGGAAGGGGUCGGCCCUCGCAGCUCUGCACUGUGGCAGGCCUCCCGAGCCGCCAGUCAUCUUUGGGAGCCCGCCAAAUAUUGCGGAAACGAUACACAGUCGGAGGCUGAAUGGCUCUUAUCGGUUGGGUCAGCUGGUCCCCACAGCUGUUUACCAACAUAUGAAGAUGCACAAGAGGAUUCUGGGACACCUGUCAUCUGUAUACUGCGUCACCUUCGACCGCACCGGUCGCCGCAUCUUCACAGGAUCGGACGACUGCUUGGUAAAGAUCUGGGCGACGGAUGACGGGCAUUUGCUGGCGACUCUGAGAGGUCACGCAGCAGAGAUUUCAGACAUGGCUGUGAAUUAUGAGAACACCCUGCUGGCGGCCGGCAGCUGUGAUAAAAUGAUCAGAGUGUGGUGUUUGCAGACCUGCGCCCCGCUGGCGGUUCUGGAGGGCCAUGCCGCAUCCAUCACGUCAUUACAGUUUUCUCCUCUGUGUAGCGGCAAUAAGAGGUUUCUGUCCUCCACUGGAGCUGACGGCACCAUCUGUUUCUGGCAGUGGGACGCUCGCACGCUCAAAUUCGGGCAGCGACCCAGCAAAUUCAUUGAGCGGCCCAGACCAGGAGUGCAGAUGAUCUGUUCCUCAUUUAGUGCAGGUGGGAUGUUCUUGGCGACGGGCAGCACUGAUCACAUCAUUAGGGUUUAUUACUUUGGAGGUGGACAACCAGAGAAGAUAUCUGAGCUGGAGUCUCACACUGACAAAGUCGACAGCAUCCAGUUUUCCCAUAGUGGAGACAGGUUUGUGAGUGGCAGUAGAGACGGCACGGCGCGGAUCUGGCAGCUGCAGCAGCAGGACUGGCGGAGCAUUCUCUUGGACAUGGCCACUAAACUACCUGGCAAAUACAACCCUCCACCUUUAGAGGACAAAGUUACCAAGCUGAAAGUGACUAUGGUAGCCUGGGACUGCAACGACAACACAGUCAUCACCGCUGCCAACAACCUGACGCUCAAAGUGUGGAACUCGUACACGGGGAACCUCAUCCACGUGCUGAUGGGCCACGAGGACGAGGUGUUUGUGUUAGAGCCUCAUCCGUUUGAUUCCAGAGUGCUUUUCUCUGCUGGGCACGAUGGGAAUGCAAUCGUCUGGGAUCUGGCUAGAGGAGUCAAAAUACGCUCUUACUUUAACAUGAUCGAGGGUCAGGGACAUGGUGCAGUGUUUGACUGUAAGUGUUCUCCAGACGGUCAGCACUUCGCUUGCACAGACUCUCACGGUCACCUGCUUAUAUUCGGCUUUGGCUCCAGCAGCAGAUAUGACAAGAUAGCAGAUCAGAUGUUUUUCCACACGGAUUAUCGGCCGCUGAUCCGCGAUGCCCAUAACUUUGUGCUGGACGAACAGACUCAGCAGGCGCCUCACCUAAUGCCCCCGCCAUUCCUGGUGGACGUGGAUGGAAACCCUCACCCUCCGCGCUUCCAAAGACUGGUACCAGGCCGAGAAAACUGCAGAGAAGAGCAGCUCAUACCCCAGAUGGGCCUCACCUCAUCAGGGCUAAAUCAAGUGGUAAGUCAGCAGGCUGCAGAAGGCUCGAGUCCACUUGAUAGUAUGAUCCAGAGACUACAGCAAGAGCAGGACCAGAGGCUGGGCUCUGACAGCAGAGCCAACAGAGGAUCUGUCAGCUCUCCCACAGAAGUCACUUCUCCACCAAAUGUGGGUCUGAGACGCAGUGGACAGAUUGAAGGUGUUCGGCAGAUGCACAGUAAUGCUCCACGCAGCGAGAUUGCCACUGAAAGAGACCUGGUGGCCUGGAGCCGACGAGUCCUCGUUCCUGAACUAUCACUAGCCAUAGCCUGUAAGCAGGAGAUCUGGAGAACAGCUAAAGGAGAGGAGGAGAUCAACAUCUACAGAUCAGAGAGGAGGAGACGCAGCUUACACAGCCAAUACCACAGAGAAAACCGGCAUGCUAUAGAAAAUGCAGCGGAGGAGGGGCGCCGUCACCAGGGUAACCAGCAUAACUACCACACAAGAUUGGCUGUGGAGGAAACGAGUCGUCAGAGUGAACCGAACGAGGAAGAACACAGCGCCUCUGAGGGAGAGACAGAAGUAAGACCUCCCAGUAGAGAAUCAUCAGACGAGGAGAGAGAGGAGAAAGAACCCUGGCCUGAUGAAAACAGCAGCUCCAGUGAUUACUCCAGCGAUUAUUCCGACUGGACGGCAGAUGCUGGAAUAAACCUCGAACCACCCAAGAAGACCAGCGUAAAGAAAAAGAAGAAGAAGAACGCCAGCAGCUCUGAAGAAGAUGGAGAGAAGAAAAAAGACUCCAAGAAGGAGAGGAGGAAAGAAAAGCCGGACAAAGAUGGAGCGCUACCAAAGAAGAAGAAGCCAAAAGAGAAACGGAAGAGGAUACCUGAAUUGCAGAAUCAGGGUUUGACGUUAGAGGAAUGGCUGCCCUCCAACUGGAUCACUGACACUAUGCCACGGAGAUGCCCUUUCACCCCACAGAUGGGCGAUGAGGUGUAUUACUUCCGUCAAGGUCAUGAAGCUUAUGUGGAGAUGGCCAAAAAAAACAAGAUCUUCAGUAUAAACCCUAAAAAACAGCCCUGGCACAAGUUAGAGCUCAGGGAGCAGGAGCUGUUGAAGAUUGUGGGCAUUAAGUACGAGGUGGGUUUGCCUACUCUGUGCUGUCUGAAGCUGGCCUUCCUGGACCCAGACUCAGGCAAACUGACGGGCGGCUCAUUCUCCAUUAAAUAUCACGACAUGCCUGAUGUCAUCGACUUCCUGGUUCUUCGGCAGCAGUUUGAUAACGCAAGACAGAGGAACUGGAUGAUAGGUGAUCGUUUCCGGGCAGUGAUUGAUGAUGCCUGGUGGUUUGGUACGAUUGAGAGUCAAGAGCCGUACCAGGCCGAAUAUCCAGACUCUCUGUUCCAGUGCUACAACGUCUGCUGGGAUAAUGGAGAUACUGAGAAGAUGAGCCCGUGGGACAUGGAGGAGGUUCCUGAUGAAGUAGUAUUUCCUGAGGAGCUAGGCCUCAGUAUGGCUCUCACUCAGGACGAGCAGAAGGCCUUACUGUACAAGCCGCUGGACGGAGAGUGGGGCUCACGAACACGCAACCAGGAGUGUGAACGCAUCAUCAGGGGCAUCAACCAGCUUUGCACUCUGGAUGUGGCGAAACCAUUUGAGCUGCCCGUGGAUUUGCAGGCAUAUCCAACAUACUGCACGGUGGUCGCUUACGUCACAGAUCUGAGCACUAUACGACAAAGACUAGAGAAUCGUUUCUAUAGGCGAAUGUCAUCGUUGAUGUGGGAGGUUCGCUACAUCGAACACAAUGCUCAAACCUUCAAUGAACCUGGCGCGUUCAUUGUCAGAACUGCCAAAUUCGUAUCGGACCUCAUGCUACAAUUUAUCAAGGACCAAAGUUGUACAGAUAUUAUUCCACUAUAUAACAGUAUGAAGAAAACCGCUUUCUCAGACUCAAGUGAUGAUGAAGAUGAAGAUGAAGACGAAGAGCAUGAGGCUCCUUGUACAUCUAACCGCAAUAAGAAGAGGCAGCAGCAGCAGCCCAUGUUGAGAAGUCUGCGCAGUAAACCCUCGUCAGACCCUCAGGCCUGGAAGGAGCGCUGUAGAGAACUGCUGGAGCUCAUCUUUCAGUGUGAAGAUUCAGAGCCCUUCAGACAACCUGUGGAUCUGGAUGAGUAUCCGGACUACUUGGAUAUUGUGGACACUCCCAUGGACUUUGGGACAGUCUUGAACCGCCUGUUAGCAGGAGAGUAUGACACUCCCAUGGAUCUCUGUAAAGAUGUCCGUCUCAUCUUCAGCAACUCCAAAGCCUACACGCCCAGCAAAAAGUCCAGGAUCUACAGCAUGAGCCUGCGAUUGUCUGCUCUGUUUGAAGAGCACAUCAGUUCAAUCCUGACUGAUUUCAAAGCUGCCCAAAGUUUGCACAGUGAACGCCUCACCCGACAGCGACUGCACACCGAUCGCCUGACCAGACAGUCUGUGAAAAAGAGGAGGAGGAGGAGCUCUUCACAUUCAAGCUCCGCCUCUAGUCCAGAAAGGAAGAGGCGAGUCUCCUCUCGUGCUCCUCCUCGAUUGGACAGUGCAGCUCCACCCACACCUGCUGGACCGUCCCGAGCUCCUUCUUUACGCCAAACACAUCCACAGAUCAACGGCAAGGCUGAGACUCCCGUUGUACCUGGUCGGACUCGCAGCUCGGCCCGUUUUGGAAGCCCCAUCACAGACGUGGCUCCUGCACAAUCGGCUCCUCCACCUCUAGUAGAGUCCUCCUCCUCCAGAGUCCUGCGCACACAGAACCCCCACUCCACUGCGGUCUCUAGAGAAAAUGAGAGCUCCGCUGUUCCUCCCAGCAAUGGAGGAGGAGCCAGAGAGUCCCGCAGGAAACUGAGGACACCUGUCAAACUCACACCAGGUCCAGUUGAUCACAGCUCUCCUCCUCAGAACAGUUUGCAUUUGAAUGGUCACAGUCAAGUGACUGUAGGAAUGGUACGAAGAGGCCGGGGCAGACCCAGAUUAGACACACAAAUAGAGACGCCGGUGGACACGCCGCCACCUCCACUGCCUAAGACCUCUUCUAAAAAAAAAGAACGAAAAAGCAAAAAAGACACGGAGUCCCCACGACGAAAUUUCUCCCACGAGGAGGAGCUUAUGUUGCCCACCGGGGAUGAUGGCGGGGCUUCUUCAACAGCCCAAGACAGUAAUCUUUCAGAUUCGGGAGAGUAUCCGAAAGCACGAGGCAGACCACGAAUCACAAAGACGAUAGACACUCCAGCUCCUCCAAGCCCCAAAACUCUCCGGCGGAGCAGUCGACGUGGCAACGAAGAGAUCACGCCCCAUACAUCAGGCUCCGCCCAGAGUGAGGAGCCUGAGGUUUAUAUUGGAGAAGACGGGAGCUCGAAAGGCCAGAUGAAAACACGCAACCAGGGCCGAAGGACUGCUUUCUAUAAUGAAGAAGACUCUGAGGAAGAGCAAAGACAGCUUUUAUUUGAGGACGCCUCCAUUACUUUUGGGACGUCCAGCAAAGGGAGAGUCCGCAAGCUCACAGAGAAGGCCAAAGCCAAUCUUAUUGGCUGGUAACAUUGCCAACUUUGCAUGUCCUCUGCGACACAAACCUCAAUCCCGUCCUGUUGGGAAAGGGGGAAACCAUUCCUGCUGCUAUAUCAGACUGUCACGAUUAUUUGAAUCUUUCACUUUUGAACUCUUUCAAGAGUCGCUGCCCCCUGAAAUCCCCCACCUUAUACCUUUUCUUCCACAAAAAAAAAAACAAAUCACAAAUGCAGUUGAAUACUGAUUUUCAAAUGCACUAUUUUGAAUGGCAGUGUGAAAGGUACUGAAACACGAAUCCAAAAUCCUGAUUUCAUUUCUCAAGAAAGCACUUACGUGAGGAUGUGUGUGUGUGUGUGUGUGUGUGUUUGUGUGUGUGUGUGUGUGUAUGUGUGAAAUAACUUGAGCUUUUACUCCGUCUUGUUUCUUUAAACUGUUAAUUUUAUGCAUCGUUUUUACACAGUUGUUGCUAAAGGCAACAAAUCAAACACUUGUUGGGAAAGAGUCUAUUUUUAACAGAUCAUUGUGGCUGUAAAGCUGUAGUGGAGCGCAGAGAAGAACCUCAUAAAUCUCUGUUGUUGUUUUAUCGGCUUUCUCUCUGCAAGUCAAGAUCAGUGGCAGUGGUAACUCACGCAUGGUUUUAUAUAAUUAGCAAUACCUUGUGCCUUUUCAUACUUAUUAUCAAUACAUUAUGGCUCCUUUGUACUCCCCAGUGUUUGUGUGUGUGUGUGUGUGUGUGUGUGUGUGAUGCUUUAGGAUAUUGAGGUAUUCAGAAAAGCGUGUGUUGUUUAACUGUUGCUGGGAUUGAGCUUAGUGAGCAGCAUUUCAUGACCACUGUAUGUGUGUAUGUGUGUGUGUGUGUGUGUGUGUGUGUGUGUGUGCUGGUUUUGGUGGUUUAACGAGGACAUUUAUUUGUAUAAUGACAUGGGUAUGACCAAGGUAUUACAAUUAUGAGUUUGUUUAUUAGGACAUGUCCUGUAAUUAAUAACUGUUCAAAAUUAUACGUGCACGGGGUCUUUUUAUGUUCAAAAUUUGCCACAGAUUUCCUGUGAGGGUUGGGUUUAGGGACAGGGUUAAGUGAUAUAAUAAGCAGAUUAUAGAGUAUUAAUUGCAAUACUUUAAGGGAAAGUUCUUAUAUACCACUAAAACAAGUAUGUGUGUGUUGAGUUCAUGCAGUUGUUGAGGUGUGUAAUGGUCAUGACAUCAUCCCUCCGCACCCAGAAUGCACUGUGAUCCCUAACUAGAACUUAAAGUGGUUGCAAAAAGUGUUUGGGCACGUAUGGCAUAGUUUCAAAAUAACUGAACGUCAUUGCAUUAGAGAUAGAUGUAAAUGUAGUGUCUGUUGGAAUAUACUUGCAGAUUACCUUGAAUAUGUUUGAAAUGAUCCAUUACAUGUUUAAUUAUAUUAAUGUCGAUAUUAAUUUAUAACUGAUGAUUUGUUAGCCUUUGCAAACACAAAGUUUAACUAGUUUUAGCAUCAAAGUGUCAGCACUUUCAUAUCAAAUAUUUAUACAACACCAACAUUUGAGGUCGCUCAAAUGAGUCUUUACUUAAAGGUUUUGAUGAAAGAAUCUCUUAUGCCCAAUAAUGCUGCAUUUACUUCAUCAAAAAGUCCAGUAAAACAGUAAUAUUGUAAAAAAUCAUGUACAAAAAUCUGUUUUCCAUUUGAAUACAUUUUAAAAUGUUAUAUAUUCCUGUUUUUCAGUCUUUUGUUUCACAUGAUCCUUCAGUCGAAUAUGCUAAUUUGCUGCUAAUGUGUUAUGCUGCUUAAUGUGAUGGAAAACAUGGUACAUUUUUGACUAUUUAUUAACAGAUGAACAGCAUUUGUUCUGAAUAGAGUCUUAUAUAAACAAUAUAAAUUUCAUUUCUUUUAGUCUUAAAACAUUUACUUUUUAUCUUAUUUAUAAAGCGCAUUAAACGACAGUUGUUGACCAUUGUGCUGUACAUACCUUGGGUUAUAAAUGAGCAAAAAUAAACAACAACAUAUAAAACAGCAUACAGUGCAACCAACAUAACCAAAACAUCAAAUGCAUACAGCAGAAACAUAGAGAGCCACAAUAAGAUCAGUUUCAUUCCAAUUUAAAAGCUUUUUCUAAAAGAUGUAGUUUGAACAAGGAUUAAUACAUUAAACCAUUAAAUCUAACAUUAAAUGUGUUCGUGCUAAAUAAAAAGAUGCCAUUUUAAUAACAACAUUAAUAAUAAAUAACCAUUAGUAAGAAAAAAUCUUACUGAUCCUAAACAUUUCAGUGAUAGAAUAAAACUCACUGAAUAAUAAUUGCAUAAUGACAAUUGCAUGUUAAUCAAACAACAGUCUUAACAUUAGUAAAUUAGAGUAUUUUAAUUUUAAAAAUCAUCUGAAGUCUUUAAUACAAGCGGGGUGCAUGUCACAAAAAGAAUAAUGUAGUGACGAGUGUUUGCCAAAACCCGUAGCUUCUCUGUCGCAGACCCAUCGUUUGAACCACGUUAGUUAUAACGUACAACGCCCAUAAUGAUGCUUUAAACGGGGUGGUAACAACUUCUUUUGAGAGUUUUAGUAAUGUUUUCAGUACACUAUGAAGGGAACGCAAUUAUCAAGACAAAGAUCGCUAAAACUGAACUGUAAAAAUACUUUAAAUGCAAAUUACACCUAAAAGUGGUGACUUUAAUGCUUUUUUAAAAAAUCAUUCCAAGUUUAAAUGUUAGAAUGUUCUAAAUAAAUAAGGCAUAUGGGGGAUAACUGGGAAUUGAACACAGCCAGGAACUAUGUUUCUAACUACAGCUCCAGAGGUGUAGUUGCAAGCAAACAAGUUUGAGAUGCAGUUUGCGAAUAUUUGUUGUAACAAUUCAAUUGGUAAACGGAAACUCAACAAACUAUGUUUAUAAUGACGGAACUUGCGACCUUAGUUGGCUAACGAUGGUUUUCAGAAACGCACACCAGGAGAGUUGUAGUAGUUCAAAGUAUUACCUACAAACAUGUGAAACAACCAGAAAGUGACCAGAUAUUAAUAAAAUAGUUAAUAAAACGACUUUCUUUCUUCUUUUACAGGCAUAGUUCAGUCAAAAAAAUGUUCCAAACCAGUUUUUCCAAACAAGUUUUUCCUAUAGAUGUCAGUGGUUUCCAACAUUCUUUAAAAUAUCUUCUUUUAUUUCAAACAGAAGAAACUCAUCCGAAUGUAAGUGCAUUUGUUGUUGCUUCUGGUGGUGAACUAUACUAUUAGUAUUAAUGCAAUGACAUCAGUACAUUUUCAGAUGUUGUCUCGUAUGUCCAAAUGCUUUUGGCAUCACUGUAAACAAACCACUAUUAACAGAGUUGUUAUAUGUGUGUGUGUGUGGCAAUGUUCAUUGAGCACUACCUGUAGUUUCAUCUAUCCUGGAGAGCAGGCCUCUUUCUCUGUUUUAGUCGAACUCAUUGAACUACUGUGGAAGCAUUCGUUUCAUUUCACCCCCGAUCACACUGAAACACUGUGUUUGAUAUCUGCCAUUCUGAUGCAUCAGUAGAUCCCACAGGGCAGCGAAAAAGAGGCAGCAUGCGUGUGGUAUUUCUGUGUUUUGAAUGUGCCUUGACUUUUGUUUUGUACGUAUCUGUAUGAACAACCGAGGUGAAUCCGGACUCACAAUAUGCAGUGCAGUCUCUUUCAUUAGGGAGCCGGAUGAUGUUGAUUUUGUGUACUUUCAACAGUUGUGGUCUGGGCCAUUCAUUACGACAGAGCUAAUCCAGCCCAUAGCUUUAAAACUGGUUUGAUGAACCAAAGCCUUUGAAUGUGUGUGUGUGUUGGUGUGUAUGUGGCUGUUUUAUGUGCAGUUGAUGCAUGUCUGAGUGUCCAUUUUUCUGUAUGUGCGUUACCGUUUGAGCCCCAUGUUUUAUUGAGCUGGUGUUUAUAAUCUGUUGCAACAUGAAAACUGUAUUAUAUCAGACUCACGACCCCUCUAUCUCCUCUAAACUGCACAGAUAGUGACAUCUCACAGGCUGAUUGAUGAAAGAUGGAUGCAUGUUCGUGAAUUCUCCGGUCUUUUGAAUCUGAAGGUACAGUCACGUUUUGUUUGUGGGGUCAGGGUCUUUUCUUUUCCCACCUCCUUCCAGUCUUAUAUCCUCAGACGGAGAGGUCUUUCUAUGUUAGUUUGUAUACUUUUAUAUAAAGGAAAAAGUGUAAAUAAAGACGUUAAAUAGAAUGUAUGUGUAGGGUGUACUGCUGUCACAUUAGUUCAUACUGAUAUUUUAAGGAAAUAAACAUUUGUGUUUCCACA